UUGAAAUGACUUAGCAAAUUUUUUGUUUCACUGUGCUACAGCAUUGAUUGAAUUUUACUGGGAAUAUCAAUACUGAGUUUUUACCUUUUCGCCUGGUUUAUUCCCACUCGAAGAUGUGGUUGCGAUAUUUUGUUUGUUUAUGUUGGAUAGUUAAUCUAUCUGUUUUGCCGUACUGUUUGAGUUUGCGAAUACCUUUGUUCAUCACACCACUGAAAGAGUUACCUCAACCAAACGAUAAAACAUCGUCAUUUUACAAACCUGCUGAACGGAAUGAAUUUUUCUCUCGAGUGACAGCCUGGGAUGUUUGGCGUGCAACGAAUAUUUCUGUAUCUGGAAUCCAUAACAGCAGUGUUCAUAGGAUCAUUUCCAGGGCAAAUAUUCUAUAUGAAGACUCUAUUCUCAAUACAAGUAAUUUAAAUGGUUACCAUUGUGGUUCGUAUUGUUACGUGUUGAAUAUAUCUUCGAUCGAAUAUCAUAGUGGUAAAACAAGGCAAGAACUGAACGGUCGAACACGACCUGCAAUUACUUUGGGAGGUUUGCACGAAGCUGUUGUAAAAACAUUAAACGAUCAUUUUUGUAUCACUAUGUCAUCAAUAGAAGAACAGCUCGGCAUUUCAUCAUUUAAUGUAACGUUGCGUGAAUGGAAAAGUUUUCUUCCCCAUAUUGCCUGGUAUGCUAUUCAGUGUAGAGCUGAUUUAUUGGCCGUAAGUCGCUCAGAGUUGGCUGAACUUGUGAGAAAUGACGAAGCUACUUUACUUGAUUACAGUUUAGCCCAAUUGGAUUCAGAGUUAAUUCUACCUUAUCAAAAAAUUGAUUUGGAUAAAGAAGUGUUUGAAACUCAUAAAUUAAAAAGAUAUGUGACCGCUAAUGAUGAUGAUGACGAUGAUGAUGAUGAUGAUGAUGAUGAUGACGAUGAUUAUGAUCAUGAUGAUGGAUCAGAGUACUGGACUAGUCUCCCUUUACACUACUACACGCAGCUUGCGACAAACUUUUCCACCAGAGAUUUGCAAAUAUUGUAUAAUUGGAACAGUACCCAGUUAUUUGCUUUACAGUUUAUAAAUUUAAAGAGCUAUAACUCUUGUAAUGAUGCAAUAUCGUUGAACAGAACCUUGUUUCACAUCUCCCAAUCAAUUCUUCAAGAUUUUAGUUGCCCUGUUGUCUUAGUUCUGUCCAGUUCUGUUGGAUAUGUACAAUCAAACACAGAUGACAUUGAAAAUCCUUUAGAACUCAGCGUAUUGACGAUUUUUUCUCGCGUUACUAAAAUGGAUUGGAUUAAAAUUGCUGAUAUUUUGGAACUAAAUUACACAGACGGAAUAUUAAUUGAUACACCACACCUUCAGGAGAUUACCAGGGAUAAUUUUGGCCUCGGACAGGAUGACAUAAUACUAGAUUUAUCUGUGCCUGAAAUAAUAACCAAUUAUAUUUCUCUUGAUUCCUCAGUGUAUGUUUACAUAAACUAUGCGCCAAUGUUUAACGACAUGUUAACGACAUAUGGUUUUACACGAAAAGAAUUGUCUAAAGCGUACGGAGAAACAAUCACAGAUCAAACAACUAUUAUUACAGUUCAUGAAUGGUUACUGAAAGUUAUUGCAAGUCGUUAUAAUGUUCAUAAUAUAACGUACUUAAUUGGAUACACUCGAUACUUUCCAAAUGAUUCAGAUUUACGCGCUUUGCCUUCUACAAAGUGGCCUGAGAUUAUCGAUGCUGUAAUACAGCAAUCUUUCAAGCAAGUCAUGAAGGCAUUCUCGUACAGCCUUCAAACUAAUCCAGACAGCGUUUCAAUUUCUUUACAGCCAGACAACUUCAAGACAAUUAAAACCACUACAAGUUCUUUUAGUAUCAAAUCUAUAAAUCAUAUUGAUUUCUGUUUGUUUAAAAAAACAAAAGAUUCUUUCAAUUCAAGUAACUUCAGAGACUACCACAAAUUUUACAACAAUACUUUGGCAAAGACGAUGAUGAAAAAGAUACAGUUCGAGACAGAAAGCCUAGAUGAAAUUUUAUCGCAGAAAGGGUUGAGUUUGAAAGAACUUGAUGAUGUAUUACUGACCGAUUUAAUAAGAACUGAAAUCAGAUUUCAGUUGUUUGAAAUAGAGUGUCUGUAUGGUGAAUCUAUUAUCUCGGGCAUUGAAGGAAUAACAUGGGGUGAAGUUUCGGAGAAAAAGUUAUGCUAUUCAUUUACAAACCUUACCCUACUACAGAUUGUCACGGCCGUGAAAGAUGCACCAACGGUUAAUUGUGAUGCUGAUGUGGACGAGUGUUCCGAACAAUCACCUUGUCAUUCCAAGGCCACGUGUCAAAAUUCCAUUGGCUCCUACAUAUGUACUUGUAAAGUUGGUUAUGUCGGGAAUGGAGUAGUGUGCACUGAUAAAGAUGAAUGUGCUGUGCAAUCAAUAUGUCAUUCUGAUGCUACGUGUCAAAAUACUAUUGGUUCCUAUAAAUGUUCCUGUAAACCUGGUUUUUCAGGAAAUGGUAAAACUAAAUGUACAGCCCUGGACCAAGGCUCAUCCAAUCCAUCUUCGUCAUCAAAGAGUAACACAGGAGUCAUUAUUGGUGCUGUUGCAGCAGCAGUGGUUGUCUUGGUAACAGUAAUCGUGAUUGUUGCUUGCUUUUUCUAUCGGAGAACGUCGCCACAGGACAAGGAGCAAAACAGUGGUAAAAUUGAAAAUCCUGCGUAUGUGGGCGAAAAUCAACGAAACAGAAGACUGCCAAAGGUUCCCUAUUCUGAGAGUGGUUAUGAAGAACCAGUGGAAACAGAAUACGCACAGCUCGACAGCUCCAAAAGAGUUCCCAUUGAUGCAAAUUACCAAAGUUUAAAACACAGAGACAAACCUGGUGCUUCUGGUGAUACGGGGGAUUAUGCUGUUCUGGAAGGAGGUGAAAAUGAGGAACGAUAUGCUUCAUCGGGCAAUAAGUCUGCGAAUAAUUUGGCAGAAGCUUAUGUAACAGUUGUGGGUAAGGAGCCUGGCGGUGAGGGAGCCAAAGAAUCUCUGUAUGAGGAAUUGCCUUAGUGUGACUAUAUGACGUCAUGAUCCAGUGAUUUGAAAGAUAAACUUGAUCAGAUGCUCACAAAUUGGGAAUAAUAAGAACGCAGAACCAUAUAUCUGCCAUUAUCAUUUUAAAACAUGCACUCUAUAGCACUACAUGUGGAUACUUGUGGAUACUUGUGUCGCACACGUCAGGGCCCGCGGAGCGUAUCAGAAGGUGGGGGGGCUAAAUCAUAAAUAAAACAGCUCAGAGAACUGUGUUCCUGCACUUUAAGAGAAACUUAACAAGAUGUACGGGGGCUAAAGCCCCCCCAGCCCCCCCGUCUCCGCGGUCCCUGCACGUUUCAUUGUUUUGUCCUUUGUCCUUUCUUUUGCCAGCCUACGCUCUAUCGGGUUGUUUCAUAUUUGAGAUAUGUAAUGAUGCCCCUACUAGGCCGCCGAAACGUACAUUUCAGGAAAAAAUAUUGGCAUGUGGUCUUUUCCAGAUAGACAUUAGGAAGCCAUAUAUAAAUAUAUAUUCACAUAUAAUAGUUUGCUU